AUGCUUACAUCAAGUCUCAAUGCAUUAUUAUAUACUAGUGUACCAACUGUUAUUGUUAUGCGUAACUUAUCAACUUUGACUGUUGCGAUUUUGGAAUGCUUUAUUUUGGAUGGAAAAACUAACGCUGUCUCGAUUGGCACAUUAAUCGCAAUGCUCGUAAGUGCAAUCCUAUACGCACAGCACGACUUCACAUUGAAUGCUACGAUUUACGCAUGGUUAUCUGUAAAUAUUUUUAGCACAAGCGCAUAUCAAGUUUACGUUAAAAAAAUUGUUCAUAUGCCAUCAAUAGAAAAUAUUGGAUCUUUAGGGAUGGCUUAUUAUAAUAAUCUAUUCUCUUUGCUACCACUUCUGAUCCUCGCGGUGAUAAAGGGAGAGGUGGCCAUUUUAUUAAAGGACUUCAAUGCAGUAUACUUUUUUCAGGCACAUAUAAUGAUUCCUAUCGUGGCGUCUUGCAUACUCGGCUGUUGCUUAAGCAUAUCAGCAUUCAAACUAAAUCAUCUAAUUUCUGCAACAUCUAUCAUGGUAACAAACAAUGUGAACAAAUUCUCCGUUAUUAUCAUAAGCGAAUUGUGCAUAGAAUCUACGCUCGAUGGAAUUGCUUUUGUGAGCGCAGUGUUUGUUUUAUUUUUUGGAUGGUUAUACUCUCAAACCACUAAACCUUAUGCAACAAACCUAUUUAUCGCAGCUAGUAUCAUGCUUGGAGUUUUGGGUUCUUACUCGUUUUAUAAAGCCAACAGCAGUCCUUUUCUUGAACAUACAUUGAAUACCUCCUAUAGAAAUACUAUUCCCGAAGAUGCUAACGGAAUUUACCGAUCUUAUCUUCCACCAAUUAUUCGACAUAAAUCGGCCUAUCCUGUGACACCUUCGAUUCAGAUAAAAAAUGUGACUGACUUCCAACUGCCAAGUAUCUGUGUAAACAAAAGUGCAGCUAUUUGGAACAAGUGCGAUCCGCGACGCUGUGAACCACAGUUCAGAAACAUAAAGUGGAAAUACCCAACAAUAACCAAUAUGGGAGAAAAGACGAGUGAUUUUAUCGAUCGUGUCCUAAAAGUAGCUUGGGGAUCCAAUCCACCGUCCAUUGAUCUUUACCUACGUAGUGGAUGUCAUGGUAUUAUGGAAAUGAGAUACUUGUUUGAAAGUAUUGAAAUAUUCUAUCCUAAAUUUUUAGGAUCUGUCAUUCUUAUACUAGAUGUUGGUGACGAACACAUUGUGAAGAAUAUUUUAGUUCCGAACUCAACUCAUAACUAUAUUGUCGGUUUUGAGCACGUACCAUGCUUACCUGGAAGAGUUUUAAACCAGUACAGUUACUUAUACCUAGAUCGUUAUUCUACCGCAGAUUAUGUGGUGACCAUCGAUAGUGAUUGUGUGUUUCAUUCACCUGUCACACCAGAUUUGAUUUUUCGUCAAGGGCGAGUGAUAUUGGCUUCCACACGCACGUUCGAAUGGCAGAUGUGGUACGCUAGUCUGGAGGCUAUGAUGGGACCUGGUAUGUAUGAUGGGCACUAUAUGGUUACACAGCCGGUGACGUUUGCUGUAUCAACUUUUCCCUCCUUUCGUCGUUGGUUCUAUGAGGAUAAAGGCAGAUGUUAUGAAGAUCAUCUUUCUCAACUAAACAAAAAUCAUUAUCAUACGUUCUGUUGGAUGUGUCAACUGGGUUCAUAUUUAGAAAAAACACGUGCUGGCCAAAAAGAAUACGAUUUGUAUUGGUAUCAGCACAUGGACCAUCCGCAACUCGAACCGAUACUACGGUACUCUGCUCAUGUUCGCUACGAAGCAUAUGGUAAACCAUUUUGUCCCGCAUUCGAAUGCUAUGAGGAGACAGUAAAUAUAGUGUUCGGGCAAGGUUUAUGUCGUGCUUUUGGGCCCUCAAUAUUUCAUAUAUGUGCGAAUCAAUCGAAUACAGAUUACAUCAACAACGUUACUUUCUUAUAUGUAUAUAACGAGAUUCAAGCUGCGAACCAAACGGCACGUACGAAUGCGCUUAGAGCUUAUCUUGCACGGUUGUCCGCUGCAACACGAUUUGCUUUAAAAUUAAUGUAA